GGAGUAGACCACCCUUUUAACUCAACACUGGGAUCCAAGUUUACUGAAGAUUUUUUUUGGAUAAUUUAACAUAAGCUAAUUAGUGGAAAUUGAAAGCAGGGAAUCAUGACAAAUCAUAGCAGGAUUUUAAUAAAAGGUGGGAAGGUGGUGAAUGAGGAUUUCUCAGAGAUAGCAGAUGUAUAUAUUGAAGAUGGAGUUAUCAGUGCAGUGGGCUUAGAUCUGCAUGUGCCAGCUGGUACGCGGGUCAUUGAUGCCACUCACAGACUCGUACUGCCAGGUGGAAUAGACACACAUACACAUAUGGAGCUGUCAUUCAUGGGCACUACAGCUGUGGAUGACUUUAAUACUGGUACCAAAGCCGCAGUCGCAGGAGGCACGACCAUGAUCCUGGACUUUGUCAUCCCACAGAAGGGGUGUUCACUCCUGGAAGCCUAUGAGCGAUGGAGAAGAACGGCCGACCCCAAAGUCUGCUGCGAUUACUCUCUGCAUGUGGCUGUUACCUGGUGGGAUGACACUGUCAAGAAGGAAAUGGAGACUCUUGUUCAUGAAAAAGGAGUCAACUCUUUUAAGAUGUUUAUGGCUUAUAAAGAUGUCUUCAUGCUGAGUGACAGUGAGCUGUACGCAGCGUUCGCUCAGUGUAAAGAGAUCGGAGCAAUAGCUCAAGUCCACGCAGAGAAUGGAGAUCUUAUUGCAGAGGGUGCAAAGCGUAUGUUGUCUCUGGGUAUCAGUGGUCCUGAGGGUCAUGAGAUGUGUCGUCCUGAGGAAGUGGAGGCUGAGGCCACACAGCGAGCCAUCACAAUCGCUCACGCUGCUAACUGUCCGCUGUAUGUGGUGCACGUCAUGAGCAAAUCUGCAGCCAAGGUGGUGGCCAACGCUCGGAGAAAUGGUCGAGUGGUAUUUGGAGAGCCCAUUGCGGCUGGACUCGGUACAGAUGGCACUAACUACUGGCAUAAGGACUGGGCUCACGCCGCAGGGUUUGUCAUGGGUCCACCCUUGAGACCAGACCCCAGUACACCUGGAUAUCUGAUGGACCUGCUCGCAAAUGAUGAUCUAAGUGUAACAGGAACAGAUAACUGCACCUUCUCGGUCUGCCAGAAAGCCCUCGGGAAAGACGACUUCACCAAAAUCCCAAACGGAGUCAAUGGCGUUGAGGACAGAAUGUCUGUUAUAUGGGAGAAAGGAGUGCACAGCGGCAAAAUGGAUGAAAAUCGAUUUGUGGCAGUCACCAGUUCUAAUGCAGCAAAGAUCUUCAACCUUUAUCCUCAAAAAGGGAGAAUUGCUAAAGGCUCUGAUGCCGAUCUGGUCAUAUGGGACCCAAAGGCCACAAGGGUAAUUUCCGCACAAACGCACCAUCAGGCUGUAGACUAUAACAUCUUUGAAGGUAUGCUAUGCCAUGGGCUUCCGGUGGUCACUAUCUCCAGAGGGAAGGUGGUUUAUGAAAACGGGAAGCUGUUUGCAGAACCGGGCGAGGGACGGUUCAUCCCACGAAAACCUUUCUCUGAAUUUGUGUAUAAGAGAAUUAAUCAGAGAGAUAAGGUCGGGAAACCCACAGCUGUGAGCAGAGAGCCUUACACUGGAGAAAUCAUAUCACUUACAAAGAAAUGAUGCUGAACUGAGCAAAAAGAAACUGUGCAUUAUGAAGAAUCCUGAAUAAUACUUAAGACAUGUUUUGGGGACACAUGUCUGUCUGCAAAAUGCAAAUGCAGUAUAUUAAUAUAAUAGAAAUGAAGAAAUGUUUUGUAAAUACAUAAGACAGAAUAUGCAUAUACAGUAUGUUUUAGUAACAUAAAGUCUGAAUUAAUUUUAGAUUUUAUUGCUCAAAGCCAGACUCAUAGAAACAAAUAAA